AUGAGUUCUUACAAUAAUGGUUUUAAUAGCUCAAAUAACUACGCUACGCAAAGUUAUGAUAAUAAAGGGAAUGAUAUGAAUCGUAUUAAUAAUAAUAUGUAUUUUAAUGAAGACCGAUAUUAUAACAAUAAUGCGUUAAUGUAUAAUAAUAAUAAUAAUAUGAAUAAUAACAAUAUGAAUAAUAAUAAUAAUAUGAAUAACUCUAAUUAUAAUAACAAUUAUUAUAAUGCAAAUUAUGGGAUGGUUAACCCAUACACAAAUAAUAUGGUAUCUGGAAAUUAUUAUAACAAUGAUAACCAAUAUAUAUUAAAUAAGAAAACAGCAAGGAUUUUAUAUAUCUAUAAUAUGGCAAAUGAAUAUAAAGAUGAAAAUUUUAUAUAUAGUUUAUGUUAUAUUUAUGGAGAUAUUGAAAGUGUAAAUUAUAUGAAAGGCAAAAAUUUAUUUAUUAUAAAAUUUGUGUCUACAGAUAGUGCUUUAAAUGCCUAUAAUUAUUUGCCAAGUUAUUUUAAUAAUGCUCAAUUUGAAUUAAGAAAUGAAUCGAAAAAAAUUAGUUAUUUUAACGAUAUGGUUAAUAGUAAUAAAUAUGUGUCUCCAAAUAUAACAGAAAAGAAAUUUUUAUCUUUAAGUGCUGAUAAAAGACAGGAAAUUAUGAAUAUUAAACAAAAGGAGUUAUUAAGAAAAUGUAAUGAUAAAUUAAAUGAAUAUAUAAACAUGUACAAUGAUAAAAAUACAAAUGAAGAAAAUAAACAAAAUUUGGAAACGUUAAUAAAACAUAUAAAAGCCAGAAUUGAAGUGUUAAAUAAUAAUCAAUGUGGAAAUGUAUAUAAUGGAAUAAAUGGUGGAGGUAGUGACAAUAUAAAUAAUAUGAACUAUGUAAAUGGUAUGAAUAAUAUGAAUAAUAUGGUCAAUAUAAAUUAUAAUAAUAAUGAUGGGUCCACUUAUAAUAAUUACAAUAACUUUACAAGAAACAAUCAUAAUAGUACUACUAUAAAAAUUAACUCAUUAAACAAUAUUAGAGAUAAUGAAGAAUUGAGCAAAUAUAUUAUAAGUAACAAUUCUAUUUUUUUAAAUGAGCAUAUAUCAUAUUUUUCUUUAUUUUCAUUUGGUGAGAAAUAUGCUAUUAUAAAAUAUAAUAAUGAAAACAUUGCAAAAAUUGUUUUUGAGAAUUGUAAUGUGUGUAAUAUUAAUGUAGAUUUUGUUCAGGAUGAUAAUGAUAAUGAUCAGUAUAACAACGGAGGAAUGAACUAG